GAAUUGUUAAAAAUAUUUUUCUUUAAUAUCUUGUAGACUAUGAGAAGACAACGAAAUGAAGUUGUAGUUGAAUUAAGGAAGAAUAAAAGAGAUGAACAUCUCUUAAAGAGGAGGAAUGUACCACAUGAAGAUAUCUGUGAAGACUCUGAUAUAGAUGGUGAUUAUAGAGUGCAAAAUACCUCUCUAGAAGCUAUUGUUCAAAAUGCUUCAAGUGAUAACCAAGGAAUUCAGUUAAGUGCAGUUCAAGCUGCUAGGAAGCUUUUGUCCAGUGAUCGAAAUCCACCAAUUGAUGACUUAAUAAAAUCUGGAAUAUUGCCUAUUUUAGUCCAUUGUCUUGAAAGAGAUGACAAUCCUUCUUUACAGUUUGAAGCUGCAUGGGCUUUGACAAAUAUUGCGUCUGGAACCUCUGAACAAACUCAAGCAGUAGUUCAGUCCAAUGCCGUGCCACUUUUCCUGAGGCUUCUUCAUUCACCCCAUCAGAAUGUCUGUGAGCAAGCAGUGUGGGCAUUAGGAAAUAUCAUAGGUGAUGGGCCACAGUGUAGAGAUUAUGUCAUAAAUCUUGGAGUUGUGAAACCUUUACUUUCCUUCAUAAGUCCAUCUAUUCCUAUAACAUUCUUAAGAAAUGUUACUUGGGUUAUGGUUAACUUAUGUCGGCACAAAGACCCACCACCCCCAAUGGAAACCAUUCAGGAGAUUCUUCCUGCUCUUUGUGUUUUAAUUCAUCACACAGACGUAAAUAUACUGGUAGAUACAGUCUGGGCCCUCUCUUACCUUACUGAUGCUGGCAAUGAGCAGAUACAGAUGGUAAUAGACUCUGGAAUAGUCCCUCAUUUGGUUCCUCUGCUCAGCCACCAGGAAGUGAAAGUUCAGACUGCUGCACUUCGAGCUGUGGGCAACAUUGUUACUGGAACUGAUGAGCAAACACAGGUAGUUUUGAACUGUGAUGCUCUGUCACAUUUCCCAGCACUUCUGACACAUCCCAAAGAGAAAAUUAAUAAAGAAGCAGUGUGGUUCCUCUCUAACAUCACGGCAGGAAAUCAGCAGCAGGUUCAGGCAGUAAUUGAUGCCAAUCUUGUGCCAAUGAUAAUACACCUUUUGGAUAAGGGGGAUUUUGGCACUCAGAAAGAAGCUGCUUGGGCCAUAAGUAACUUAACAAUUAGUGGAAGGAAAGAUCAGGUGGCCUGCCUAAUUCAACAAAAUGUUAUACCACCUUUUUGCAACUUGCUGACUGUAAAAGAUGCACAAGUUGUGCAAGUAGUACUCGAUGGACUAAGUAAUAUAUUAAAAAUGGCUGAAGAUGAGGCAGAAACCAUAGCCAAUCUUAUAGAAGAAUGUGGAGGACUGGAGAAAAUUGAACAACUGCAAAAUCAUGAAAACGAAGACAUCUACAAAUUGGCCUAUGAGAUCAUUGAUCAGUUCUUCUCUACAGAUGAUAUUGAUGAAGAUGCUAGCCUUGUUCCAGAGGCAAUACAAGGUGGAACAUUUGGUUUCAAUUCAUCUGCCAAUGUACCAACAGAAGGGUUCCAGUUUUAGAAAGAUGCUGUGGAAGUUAGGUACAAUGCAGCACUGAGAUAUAUAUAUAUAUAUACAUAUAUAUAAAAAGGUUUGAUCCAUCAAGCUUGGCUCAUGGGAUCUACUGCUGCAUUAAAUCGGGAAAGAAAAUGUGAAGAUUUCAUUUGGAAUCACAGAAAAUGCCCAAAUGAGGUCAAGAUGGCGAGUGGGUGCGAGUGAGAAUGAGUGGCAAAGUGUAAUGAAAACUUUACAUGAAUGCUUAUUUAGGUUGAUCAAAGUAAAAAGGGCUACAGGUCACAGUUCUUCAGUGCCUGAGAAGAAACAUUCAAUGUUGACUUACUCUACAUCAAUUGAGGGAGAGUGCAGUACUGUCAUCUUCAAGCCUUGUAAGCAUAAAAGAGAAUAGGAUGCCCAUAUAAGUCAAAGGAAAAUGAGCCCAGACCUUGCUAUGAAGCAGUGUGUGAAUGGACAGUGUUGAGUGAAUGUCUGGCUCAAUGAUAGAGAGCCAGGUUCAUCUUUCAAAUCUAGGGCUCUUCACUCAUGAAGCAGACUCCUAGUCCUGGAGUGACUGUGUAUGAGAGUGUGGUUGUGGUGCUGUAUGUGAACGCAUGCAAGCUUGAUUCGCCUUCAGGGGGCUGAUAACAAACCUA